AUGCCAAAGAAACGAAGAAAUGGAGGAAGAUCGAAGCACAACAGGGGGCACGUAAACCCUCUGAGAUGUUCCAACUGUGGAAGAUGUGUACCCAAAGAUAAAGCGAUUAAAAGAUUUAACAUAAGAAAUAUUGUAGAUACAUCAGCACAAAGGGAUAUAAAGGAAGCAUCCGUAUACUCUACAUUUCAACUACCAAAAUUGUAUAUCAAACAGUGUUAUUGUGUUUCGUGUGCAAUUCAUUCUCGUUUUGUGAGAGUUAGAUCAAGAGAGCAGAGAAGAGUAAGAAAAGAGACAGCCAAACAUGUCAACCCGUCCCAAUUAUAA